AUGAAUUCAAUCGGCAUGAGAAACUCUCGAUCUUUAUUGCUCCUUUUUUCAUGUGUUACGUAUGCCUACUCUAGCCCUAAAAAAAAUGAACGCAUCAUUAGGGUUUCUGCUUAUGCGUACGGUUUCGUCAAAGCCUCCAAGGGCAGCGAUGUGGUGAUGCAUUCAUGCCAUUCGAUAUUAUUGGAACAAAUGAAGAACUACAAACCUCUAGAAGAUGGACGUGAUGCUGUAGAUCGUUAUAUGAUUGUGAUGAACAAAGAUCAUGAUGGAUACUGUCGACUUUAUAGUAGAGACGUUGCUAAUAGAUUGAUAAAAAAAUGUGUGUGGUGGUGA